GGCGCCGGAAACCGGGGGGCGGGCCGAAGGAGGCGCGGUCGGCUAGGUCCAUGGCGGGCCUCUUGCUGGUAGCGGGGUCGGCUCUGCGGCUUCCGGGGAGGCGAGUGUGGCGUCUCCUGCCUCACGGACUCGGCGUCUGGGCCCCGGCGCGGGGGACCCCCGGAGCCUGGAUGAGGCAGCUCUGCGCGCCGCGAGAGGAAGCGCGACGCACCUCGGAGCUCGCUCGCAGCUGCCGGGGGAAGCGGCCCCUCUGCACGGCGACGCCUCCUCCGCCGGGGUCAUCGGGCCCCGAGCCGACGGGCAGCAGAGACCCCACGCGGCCCUCCAAGCCCGGGCCUGUUUCCUGGAAGUCUUUGGCAUUCACAUUUGCUAUUGGUGGAGCCUUAUUGGCUGGAAUGAAGUACUUCAAGAAAGAAAAGACAGAGAAGCUGGAGAAGGAACGGCAGCGAAGCUUGGGAAAGCCUCUCCUCGGGGGCCCGUUUUCCCUCACGACUCACACCGGAGAGCCCGUAACUGACCAGGACUACCUGGGUCAGUGGGUGUUGAUUUAUUUUGGUUUCACUCAUUGCCCUGAUAUCUGCCCAGAAGAACUGGAAAAAAUGAUUCAAGUCGUGGAUGAGAUCGAUGGUAUUCCGACUCUGCCAAAUUUAACUCCGCUUUUCAUCACUAUCGACCCAGAAAGGGACACCAAAGAAGCCAUCGCCAAGUAUGUGAAGGAAUUUUCUCCCAAACUGGUUGGCUUGACUGGCACCAAAGAGGAGAUCGACCAAGUGGCCAGAGCGUACAGGGUGUACUACAGUCCCGGCCCCCGGGACGAGGACGACGAUUACAUCGUGGAUCAUACAAUAAUAAUGUACUUAAUUGGACCAGAUGGUCAGUUUCUAGAUUAUUUUGGCCAGAACAAGAAGAAUGCAGAAAUCGCUGGUUCAAUUGCUGCGCACAUGAGGGAACACAGGAAGAAGAGGUAGCCUGAGCAGCGGUCCCCAUGGAAUGCUCUCUGGCCAAAGAGGAAAAAAGCUUUGUGUCCCACAGGAGUCAGCAUCUCCCUGUGUAUAAAAAUGCAACCGACAGAAUGGCUUUCAUACCACAAGAACAUCUGUAUUUUGGACAUUACGGGUCAGAUACAAAUGGGUGUUUUGUUACCCUUCGGUUCAGCCAAGAUCGAUUGUUGGAACCGGAAAGAUGACAACCAAAUAGUCACUUGAGACCAGAGGACCAAGUUACCGUGAAGCCAGGAGGGGGGGGGCGGGGGGGGGAACUCAGGAGAGACUCGACGGGUGCAUUUCCCCACAUCAGCGGAGCAGCGCUGCUGCCUCUCUGGUGUCCUGGACCCGUGUCACCCGGGUCGUGGGACGGAGUCUCCAGGAAGAGUGUAAUUCCCACAGUGCCCUUGCUUUCGUCUUCGAGCUCUUGGUGGCCGAUGACAGUCAAAUUAAAAUCAGGCUCUUGGACGUCCACAGUUGGGCUUUUAGACUCGAAAGCAUUGAAGUCCAGUCUUCUGUGCAGACAGAUACCACGGUCAGGUUUGUACUGUGCUCCCCUGUCGGCACCUGCUGAUGUUAACUACCGAUGAGGAAAUCUGCUGUUUGGAGCAGACAGAUCAGUUUCUUAGGGGCCUUUUAUGUGGUUUUCACUUCAACGUGCCGGGUUGUCAGCAACCUACCAAAUGGAUACAGGAGGGUCUUGAAGGUGAUGGUGACACAGGGUUCUCAGCUGGGUUGCAGUGGGACCUGGAAUAAAGGUUUAUUCAGCUUUGCA